UGUCAGGUGACAGUGUUCACAGAAAUUGGAAGUCAACACAGUGAAUCAGCUCCUUUAUGCUGGAAGGGCUUGUAAAACUUAUGACUCCGUGUGAGCGACCUGGAUUUGUUUCUAUAACUCAACAAGAUUCUAGGCUGCGAGGAUCCAGGCUCCAUUAAUGGGGUGUUCCAAGGGCUACAGGGUUCUGACCGUGGAGUUAGUCUUCCUGGUUUUGGUGUUCUAUCUCAUGAUGUCUUGGCCUGAACCCGUGACCCGUUGGAUCCCACAACCUCUUCCUGCCGCUGCAUACGUCUCAGAGUCUGUCAACUGGGAUUCUCUCCCUCAAGAACUCACCAACCUGACCAGCCUUCUAUACUGGCCUCCAACCGGUGGGCACAACAGUGACUUUUUGGCCUCAACCAGCCCCAAAACCUCCACCUACCACCUGGCGGGUCCUGCCCAGGCCACCUAUAUUCUGGGAAGCAACCUAGAGGCCAUCCUUGUGGCUAGGGAUCACUGGGGCAGGCCCAAGGCUCAUGGUGGGGAUCUGUUUCGGGCACAGCUGCUGGGCCCGGAACUGAAGGCAGGAGUGCCAGGGGAGGUGAAGGACCUGGAGAAUGGCACCUACCUCUUGUCCUUCCCCCUGCUCUGGGCUGGCAGGGCCCAGGUGCAAGUGAGGCUGAUCCACUCCAGCGAGGCAGUUGGGGUCCUGAGGAGAGUCUGGAGAGAAACACGGGCCACCGUGGAUUUUAGAGGGUAUUUCCAAGGAACGAAUGGCAUUCAAGAGGUUGUCACCUGCAACGUGGACCCCCAGUCGACUGGAGCCAGAGGGCCGACCUGCCAGUACAAGGAUGUGGUUUCUGGGGAGAUCUGGUUCUGUGCUCAGCCCCCAACUUUGCCCUGCAGUGCUUUAGUGGGUCACUCGAGUGGACGUUACCUGAAGGUGACCACACCACAUGAUGAACUCCUGCUGGCUGGGAAUGUGACUGACCAGAAACUCCCUUCAGGCAUCGCAGCCUUCCUGGUCACACCAGCAGAGCCUGGAAACAGGAAUGAUAUGGUUACAGGCCAGAAGCUGACAUGGCUGGCUUAUUCAGUGCUGAGAUUUGAACCCAAAGCAUCAAACAUACUAGGUAAACCCAGUCUCUGGUGUCCUGGGGCCCACAGUCCUGUCUGGGAUAGUGAGUCGGCCUUGCCCUCCAGGCCGCCAUGCCACCCUGGCCACCUGUCUCUAAAACCCUCUGGCUUCUACCACCAAGACAGAUGGCACUCGACGUUCUGCUCCAGCCGCUCCUUCCCCACUGCGGACAGCAUCCUGAGCUGCCUGGCUGGCCGCAUGGUCUACAUGAUGGGGGACUCCACCCUCCGGCAGUGGUGGGAGUAUCUGCGGGACACGGUGCCCUGGAUGAAGCUCAGGCCAUCAGGCUUGCACAACUUUCAGCUGAUGAGUCAUCUCACUAGCCACACCACACUAGCCCUGAAGCCAGUUGACCUCCAUGUCACAUAUCAGGCGGGUCCCCUGAUGGCUGUGGAGACAACUCGGGGGACAGUGUUGCACUGGAGGGCCCACAGCUGGCCCCUGCGCUCUCUCCGCACCCCAGUGGCCUCCCUGCACUCUGUGGCCAGAGAGCUCCAUGGCCUGGCUGGGGGCCCCUACACGGUGGUGGUGCUGGGCAUGGGAGCCCACUUCACCACCUUCCCUCCAUCCGUCUUCACUCGAAGACUAGCAGGGAUUCGGAAGGCUGUAAAAGCCCUACUGGACCGGGCACCCAGCACCCUGGUCGUUAUCAAACUGGCCAACACUGGCUACAAGUCUGUGUAUGGCAGUGACUGGCUCACGCUCCAGGUGAACCGCUUGCUCCGAGCUGCCUUUGUUGGUCUUCGGGUGGCCUUUGUGGAUGCAUGGGAAAUGACCUCCAGCUUGGCUCUGCCAGACAGCAUCCACCCGGGGAGGCUCAUUGUCCGAAAUGAAGUGGACUUACUCCUUUCCUUCAUCUGCCCCACCUGAGUGCUCCUGAGGGACCUGGGGCUGGGUGGAAGGAGAGCCUGGCGUGGCCACAAACAAACAAACAGCAAAUGGUGGCAAGUGGAAGCUACCCCUGCUCACCCGCUAUAAAACUAUUUAGUCCCAUAUUUCAUGCACCACACAGAGAAAUCUAACUUUAUAUAAAGGAGACCACGUUUUGCACAUGCUCUUCUUUUUGAAGGUAGGGGCUGCGUGUGGCGCGUGUACAGAUAUAUGUAUGGGUGCCCUCUCUCACGUGCGCACAGAGGCCAGAGAUCUCAGGGUCUCCUGUUCUAUCACUGUCUUCUUCACUCCCUGAACCUCGUCUCUGUCCCUCACAGCCCUGGGAAUCAGGCACAAAGUUUGUAUCAGAAUUUAUGUGAGUGCUGGGGUUUCACACUCAGAUCCUCAUGUUCAUGCCCUCAUCCACUCCACCGUGUCCCCAAACCCUCUUUUCACUUUUGUGUUUAGGGCAGCUCUUAGCCGAGCGGUGGCAACACACAUCUUUAAUCCCACACGUUGGAAGGCAGAGGAAGGAGGACUGGGAGAGAACAUACAUUAGUGGGCGAGCAUCUCUAGGACAGAGGAGGCCCCUGGGCAUGGGGAUGACCCUAGCUGAGGUCCCUAACCGUGGGGACAUGGAGCCCGAAGUCAUCACCUCAUGCAGCCAGGUGGGACUUCUAGUGGAGAGAGGGGGGCACCAACCCACCCAUAAAACCUUUGACCCAAAAUUUGUCCUGCCUACAAGAAGUAGGGAUAGAGACAGAGCAGAGACUAAGGAAAUGGCAAACUAAUGACUGACCCACCCCAUAGAUCAAGCUGUAAAGCGAUUAAAUAAAUACAAUUUAAAAAAUAAAUCACUUAAAAACGGA